UUUUGGUUGAGUUUGACAUUACUGCCCGCCGACUUUGGUUUACAAACAAAAUUCCCACCCAUUCGUUCGGGACUCGCCAUGGCAGAUGCCGUGCCGCAGCAGCAGCAAAUGCUGCAAAUCUGUCGGUUUUGUCUGUGCGAGAACGAAGAAAAUUUAGUCGCUAUCGAGGAUAUACUGAUGCUGACGCUCGCCAUCCAGGACGUGGUACGAUUCACGGGCAUUCAGAUUGAUGAGUACAACAAAUCAAUGUACUGCAUGUGUCUGGAGUGUAUUGAUAAAUUGAAAAGCUGUGCCGCCUUCCGGAACACCUGUCUGCGUAAUGAUGCUCUCUUCCAAGACCUUUGCUCAAUAAUGAAUAAGAGUGGCAAGGAGCUGCAAACGGAACCGGUGGAAAUCCCGUCCCAUCCCAUCGAUAGCAAUAAAAUCGUUGAACCCGUCGAAAGCGUUCAAACCCUCGAAACCGUUGAAACGGUAGAAUUAUCAGACAGCUCUGCAUACGAAACGACGGAUUGUGACGAUGCUUGGCAAGCACCCUUGGUUAAGAAGUCCAUCUGCGAACCUGCGCCAAAGCGACGCUACAAAAAACGCAACAUCGAUUACAGUCUCUACUGCCCCCCGCAGCAGCCCACCGUCUCCUGGAACGCGUUUGCGUACCGGACCACUGUCGAGCCGGGGGACGAUUUUACGUAUUCGGCCAACUACAUCACACCGGGGGAAAUAUCGUACGAGGAGGACGAUACGUCCGUCGAUUGGGAGAAUUGCCGCCUCAAUCCAGACUAUCCGCUGAUCGCUUACGAACGCCAGCGCGGCAUACGGAAGCUGCAUAUGUGUGAUAUAUGCGGCCUGCUGAUGCCACACCUUGCACCCCACAUGCUGACGCACGAGGAGGCCCACCUAGCCUGCCCGCACUGUCCGGUGAAGAUGAAGCAGAAAACUGGCUUAACGCAGCACAUCGAGACGGUGCAUCUUAAAACGGUCAAGAAAACGUGCCACCUCUGCGGCAAGGGUUUCGUACACCCUAAAACAUACCGAUAUCACAUGCGUGCCCAUCAAGACGCCGGUGAGUCGUUUCAGUGCCCGGUGUGCUCGAAGCAGUUCAUGCGCUCGAUUAGUCUGGAGGUCCAUAUAAAGAAAACGCACAGCCUAGUGGCGGCCUCAAAAUUUUGUCUGUGCCAGAAUGAGAAACUGCUCAUCCCGGUGCGGAAAACGCUAAAUUCUUCACUCGACCUGGACGACCUGGCACGGUUCACCGGAAUCGAGAUUAGCACGGAGCACUCUGCCCUGUACGUGAUGUGUCUCGAGUGUACCAGCAGGCUUAAAAAAUCGGCCGACUUUCGGAACUCGUGCAUCAGCAAUGACGCCCUCUUCCGGGAGCUGUUUUCCCUCCACAGUGCCGAGCCGGGCGAAGCCGAGUUCGUCGACGACAGUCCCGCGCAUAUCGUCAAGACGGAAGCGUUUGAAAUUGAAUUUGUCCUGCCGCAACACGACGAACAGACAACCACCGACUACGAACAGUCCGAGGAGGGGCAGGAACAGGAAGAGCGGCUAGAUUCCGGUGCAUCGGACGGCAGGGAACAGGCCGAAACGGCCAGCUGGGAACAGUGCGUCGAUAGUGUGGUGACAAUCAAAGCGAACAGUUUCAGCGAAGAGGAGGAGUACAUUGAUCAACCGUCGCCAUCGACGAGCGAGCAGAAAACGAAAGCUGUUUCCCGGCCGCGCGGCACCAAACCAACGCGCACGGGCAACCGCGCCAAGCAGCUGUGCGGGACUUGCGGCAAGCUGGUGAACAAUUUACCACGCCACAUACUGAGCCACAGGCAGGACGCGAAACGAGCGUGCCCUCACUGUCCCGUGGAAAUGGUCGAUCAUUCGAAUCUCCUACGGCACAUCGAAGCGGUCCAUCUGAAGAAGAUAGUGAAGACGUGCGAACAGUGUGGCAAAGGGUUUACGCACAACAAUACCUACAAAUCGCACAUGUGCCGCCGGAUUCCGCCUGCGAUGGAGAACGCACCGCAGCAAACGGUUUCUGUUUGUCGGUUUUGUUUGUGCGAGGACGCAGAAAAACUCAUCCCAGUGCUGGAGACAAUCAAUCCUACGCUUACAGUUGACGAUGUGGAACACUGCACCGGGCUACAGAUCGCAACGGACGACGAGCUAGCUUCCUGCGCAGUUUGCCUCGAAUGUACGGACGCACUGAAAUGUUCGGCCGACUUUCGCCGUACCUGCAUGUGCAAUGAUUCCCUGUACAAAGAGAUGCGGUUAACGCGGCUUACUAAAACGGACGAUUCAUGCGCCUUCGAUUUGGUGGAAGAGUAUUUGGAAAAUCCGGACGAGACUGCUGGCGAGCUGCAGGCAGUUGCCCUGAAACCGGACCAAGAAAUCAAACUCGAAUACGUCGACGAGGAAGAGAUUUACGGGAGGGCUAUACGAGUGUUAUCGGCCCAUGGUGAGGUUGGCUACUCUGCCAACUACAUUGAACCUGGCGAAACGAACCCGGAAAGCGAUGAGGCGUACUAUGCAACACCUCCAGCGAAUAUACCGAAGUACCAGCAAAGCAAAAAAGCUACGCACACCAGCAAAGAACGCAGAGCGCAGAAAAUGAAGCGAAAAAAGUCACUGUGCGAUAUGUGCGGCUCGGUCGUGAUCAACCUGCAGCGGCAUACGCUAAAUCACACGCAGGCAGUAAUGCACGGCUGUCCCUACUGUCCCAUCAAAAUGACGCAGAAAACCAACAUGGUGCAGCACAUUGAAACGGUGCACUUUAAAACGAUCGGCAAAACGUGCUGCAUUUGCGGGAAGGGCUUCGUGCAUCACAAAACGUACAGCUAUCACAUGCUCGAUGCGAAUAACCUACAGUACGCAAUUUGUCUCGAAUGCAUCAAUCAGCUGAAAAUCUCUGCCGACUUCCGGACGCGCUGCCUGAGCAACGAUGCACAGUUCCAGCAGCUGCACGACUUGCUGGUUGCAAGCGCGAACGACAUCGAAACCAAAGCAGAGGACGGGAAAAGCCAACUGUCCGAUCUUGACGAACCAUAUAUGAUGGCUGAGCUCGACAAUUUCGAUGAUAGAUCGACGGAGUACAGCGUCAACGAUCCCUUCCGUAGGGUGCAAGGGGAAUGUUCCUUCCUGGAGGAAUACUUGCUAGACUCAGAAUCCGACAGUGUAAGGGUGGAUGGCGGCCGCAGGACCAGCACUACCAAUCGCAGCAGCAGAACCGUUUCCGAACGCAUUGCGAAAGAUGACGAACAUUGGAACUCUGCCAACUAUAUCGCACCCGGUGAAGCGUUAAUCUCGGACGACGACGGCGUGUCGGACCUGGGGAACGGUGAAUGGAGCAGCUAUUACUGGCCAUCCAAUCCACUGAUCGUGCCGUACGAGCGGGAACGCGGCAAGCGAAAGCUGCACCUGUGCCACAUCUGUGGCAUCUUCGUGAAGGACUUUCCGAAGCAUGUGAUCAACCACGAGGACGACAUCACCGAGGCAUGCCCGCAUUGUCCGGUGCGAAUGAAGCAGAAAACUAACAUGAUAGCACACAUCCAAACGGUGCACCUGAAAACGAUAAGCAAAACGUGCGAAAUAUGUGGCAAGGGGUUCAUUCACCAUAAAACAUACAAAUAUCAUAUGCUGCUCCCAAUGGCAAACGUUCAGCCAGAUAUGUUGCAUUUGUGUCGAUUUUGCUUGUGCCCCAAUAAGGAACAAACGAUCGUUAUCGGUAAAACCUUAAGCUUUACCUUUACAAUCGCUGAUGUUCGACGGUCUACUGGAGUUUCGGUGAGCCGGCAGGAUGCAUUAAAACUUAGAAUAUGUUUUAAGUGUUUGGGCAGCGUGAAAAGUUCUACCGACUUUCGGCACGCAUGCAUACGCAAUGAUUCCACCUUCCGCGAACUGAGCGUUAGGGCAUCUUCAAAAGAAGAACCGGUCACUAGUGCACAAAAAGAACCGGUCAUUAGUGCACAAAAAGAACCGGGCAUUAGUGCAAAACAAGAACCGAUCAAACUCUUAUUCGCACCAAACACACCCGGCGCAGAUCCGUUGGAGUUGAAAAUUGAGAUUCUCGUCGAUAUCGAUAAAGAUAUUAAAACUGAACCGCUCGAGGAUGAUACAAACAUAACUGGACAGGAUUUGAACGCAGCAGUCCCGGUUAAUAUCAUACCCAAUGCAAACAUACCCGAUGUAGAUCCAUUGGAAGUGAAAGUUGAGACUCUCACCGAUAAAGAUAUAAAAACAGAACCGAAAGAGGAGGCCACAACCAUAGUCGGACAAGAUUUGAACGCCACAGUCCCAUCCGAAAAGGUCGCAGAAGAAGAAGAGUACAAAGCACCGUACUCGGCCAACAACGUCGAGUUGGGUGAACCGUUUUCCGAUGAUACUGACGAUGAGCUCCGGAAGCGGAAAAGAAGACCUCGAAGUAGCAAACCAGAAAGUUGGGAAAAGGUGUCUGUUCCCUCAGCAAAAGCCAACAAACAAACGCCAUGCGACAAUGGAGGUGGAGCAUUGAAACCUUCCAUGCCCAAGAAGCGUAAACAUUACAAGCGACCCUUAACGCUGUGUGAGAUUUGUGGCAAGGUGGUGGCCGAUUAUAAGGCACAUAUUCUAACCCACAAGGAGGCGGGGUAUUCGUGUCCCUUCUGUCCGGCUAAAGUGGCCCAUCCCGCAAACUUUGCGCGCCACGUUCAACAGGUGCACGAAAAGCGGAUCGUAAGGUCUUGCGAAUUGUGCGGCAAAGGAUUUAUUGCUACUAGUUCCCUUGUGUCCCAUAUGCGAUCUCAGCACGGCAUUGGAAAACUCCAUGAAUGCAGUAUGUGCUCUAGCAAAUUUAAACAUCCAAGUGGAUUGAAUAUGCACAUUCGAAAUGUCCAUCGUAGCGAUAUGCAUACGUGCGAGACUUGUGGCAAGAUUUUUAAAGUUCGAGAGGCGCUGCGCAGACAUUAUCGAACUCAUUCCUCGGAACAACCGUACGGGUGCAGACAAUGCACGAAGCGUUUCCGAUCUUCGUACGCCAGGACGAUACAUGAGCUUACACAUGCUGGCGUCGUUUUUCGCUGCACGCACUGCGAUAAGUCGUAUCGGUACAAAUCCCAACUCAUGUUACAUUUACGAAAAAGCCACCCUGAAAGUCAGACAGCUACAGAGCGAGCAAGCUCCGAAGAAGUGGAUCAAAACCCAGAAAUUGAGGUGCCGAUCAAAGAUGAGUUCCCAACCCGAAAGAAUGUACCAUCGAAGAAGAAAAAAUCUAAGUAGGGAAAAUCAAUUAAAAUAAGGACAUCUACUGUUUUCUGGACUGUGGCGUGGCUAUUUCAGUGAGCUCCGCUACUUUUAUUAUGCCUCCUUAUUUUACAUACAGAAUGGUUUUGAGACAUGUACAAAUCAACUUUUAGUUGUGUCUAUCUAAAUAUAGAACAAUAAAAUAAAAUAAAGCUGCUCUAUAAUAAUA